UAGCGGCCGGUGUCCUCAGUGCAGCUCUGACUGCAGAGGAUGAGCUCAGCGAACUUUCUGUCUGUUAUUAUGUCCGCGACCCGCCAACACCCAGACUCAUCCUGCACACCAGCCUCUCCUCUAAUGACCGCGUGCGCAGGUGAAACAUGAGUCACGCGUGAAGCUCUGCAGGAUGUCGUUUAAGAAGGAAACACCCCUGGCUAAUGCUGUGUUUUGGGCAGCGAGGAAGGGGAACCUGGCUCUCCUGCAGCUGCUGCUGAACAGCGGCCGAGUGGACGCAGACUGCAGAGACAGUUACGGGACCACGGCGCUGAUGGUGGCGUCGUACAGCGGCUAUUACGACUGUGUCAAAGAGCUGAUCAUGCAGGGAGCCGACAUCAACUACCAGAGAGAGACGGGCUCCACUGCUCUGUUCUUCGCCGCCCAGCAGGGACACCACGACAUCAUCAAGCUCCUGUUUGAAUUCGGAGCAUCCACAGAGUUCCAGACGAAGGAUGGCGGCACGGCUCUCACCGUCGCCUCGCAGUACGGACACUGCAAGGUGGUCGACGUCCUUCUGAAGAACGGAGCCAACGUUCAUGACCAGCUGAAUGACGGGGCCACCGCUCUGUUUCUGGCUGCUCAGGAGGGUCACGUGACUGUGAUUCGUCAGCUGCUUUCGUCUGGUGCCAAGGUGAACCAGGCCAGGGAGGACGGCACUGCCCCCUUGUGGAUGGCGGCUCAGAUGGAUCACAGUGACGUGGUGAAGGUGCUUCUGUUACGUGGUGCAGACAGGGACGCUGACAGACAGGACGGAACCACCGCGUUAUUCAAAGCAGCUUUAAAGGGACACAGCAGCGUCAUCGAGGAGCUGCUCAAGUUCUCCCCGUCGCUUGGCCUUCUCAAGCCCAGGAUAAGGAUAAUAACACUCCUCUCAUCCUUGUCGUCUCCAGAACGGCUCUUCCGCCCUCCAUGCUGCUGUCAUGGGAGGAAACCUACGAACCAUCCUGCUGCUGCUCGGGGCGAACGCAGACCCUCUGCUCCCCAACAAGAAUAAUGAAGUCCCUGCAGAUCUCACAAAGAGCGACCGCAUCCUUAAACUGCUACAUCCCAAACUGAUGAACGGAGACAGUUGAUGAUGGGUUCUUCCUGUAGCACGGAGAACCACGUGUCCUGCACAUGGAGCCCGCUUUAGACUGAAGUCAAUCUAAUGUGUUAAACCAGUGGACUAAACCUACAGCAACACCGUGUGAAAUAAACUCCUCCUCGCUGUGCUUCAUCGUCUUCACCCUCUACAGUAAACUCAUUCUUUUGACCCUAAGUGCUGUUUUUAGAUAUUUUGCCAACUUUUCUUUUCCUUUUUAAUGGAUGUAAUAAAGUUUAAAGUCUAAAUAUUCAA